ACGGAUAGUUCAUCCCCAAUAACCUUGGUGUCGAUCGGAUCUUCCCGCACGACCUACAAGCCCCUCAUAUUCAGCAGGGGAGUCUGCCAUUGCGCAGCAGCCAACUGGGUGAAGGUGGGAAAUCCACUAAGAGCGAGGAUGCUUCUAUAGGGAGUCGGGGUUUAUUUCCUCAGUCAACAUUUUCCGUUUUUUCAGGCGAAAUUUACGCUGCUGGAAAUCGCCAUCCCUUGCCCAGCUCCCCCACUGUGGUCUGUCUCAGUUAUAUUGUCAACCCCCCACCCCUCCUCCUCUCUGCCUCCUUAAUCUCCCAGAUUGUCGGCGACUUGCUGCAGUCGAUGCUGCAGUUCUGAACCGCUCCUGCGCCGGGACAGCUGACUCAAUGAGAAAGACAUGCUCGCAUUCGUUUUGGUCUCUGGGUCUCUCUGGAUUAUAUUAGAGCUGAGUUCCACCCUGAUGGAGAAGAUGCAGGCCCAGGAGAUGAUGAGUGGCCUGAGGAUACCGGAGAUGGACGAGCUCGGUCAGUUCUUCCGCUCCCUGCCGACCUCCACGCUUGUGGGCAUCGGCGCUCUGACAGCUGUGCUGGCGUACUGGUUAGCCACCAGACCCCGUCCCAUCAAACCCCCCUGCAGCCUUCUGCACCAGUCUGAGGAAGUGCCGCAUGAAGAUGGGGGUCGCAGGUCUAUGAUGGGUGACCCCUCCAAGCUGCUGACUCAUUACCAUGAUGACGCCAAGACCAUGUAUGAGGUUUUCCAGAGAGGACUGCAUAUAUCUGGUGAUGGACCUUGCUUAGGCUCACGACUCCCCAACCAACCUUACAAAUGGAUGUCCUAUAAGGAGGUGACAGCCCGGGCAGAGCAUCUGGGCUCGGGCCUUCUGCACCAGGGAUGCCAGCCCAAUCCGAAUCAGUUCAUAGGGGUGUUCGCUCAGAACAGACCCGAGUGGAUCAUCUCGGAGCUGGCUUGCUACACAUAUUCGAUGGUGGUGGUUCCCCUUUAUGACACGCUCGGCCAAGAUGCUAUAAGGUUCAUCAUAAACACAGCUGACAUCUCCACAGUCAUCUGUGACAAAAUGGACAAAGCUCGGGUGCUUUUAGAGAAUGUGGAGCGGAAGGAGACUCCCGGCCUGCGAAGAGUCAUCCUGAUGGACGCCUUUGACUCUGACCUCGUGGAGCAAGGCAAGGGCUGCGGCGUCCAUGUGCAGGCCAUUAAAGAAGUGGAGGCCCUGGGUCGAGAUCACUACAGAAAGCCUAUACCACCAUCCCCAGAUGACUUGUCUAUUGUGUGUUUCACCAGUGGAACCACAGGAAACCCAAAAGGAGUCAUGCUCACCCAUGGAAACGUGGUAGCUGAUUUCUCAGGCUUCCUUAAAGUAACAGAUAAAGUAAUUUUCCCCAACCAAGAUGACUGCCUCAUUUCCUUCCUGCCACUGGCUCACAUGUUUGAGAGACUUAUUGAGUCUGUGGUGUACUGUCACGGAGGACGGAUUGGGUUCUAUCAGGGCGACAUCCGUCUCCUCCCAGACGACAUGAAGGCCCUGCGGCCGACCAUUUUCCCCGUGGUGCCUCGACUGCUCAAUCGCAUGUAUGACAAGAUUUUCAGCCAGGCAAACACCCCGUUAAAGCGUUGGUUGCUCAACUUUGCUGCCAAGAGAAAAGGUGCUGAAGUCAGCAGCGGGAUCAUUCGCAGCGACAGCGUCUGGGACAAAAUCUUCUUCAGUAAGAUUCAGGCUAGCUUGGGAGGAAGGCUGAGGAUGAUUAUAACAGGAGCAGCUCCUACCUCACCCACUGUCCUGGGAUUUCUCAGAGCAGCUCUAGGAUGUCAGGUGUAUGAGGCAUAUGGCCAGACAGAGUGCACAGCUGGCUGCACCUUCACCACACCAGGAGACUGGACCUCAGGCCACGUUGGGGCUCCGCUGCCAUGCAACCUCAUUAAACUGGUGGAUGUACCCGAGAAGAACUACUUUGCCUCCAAGGGAGAGGGAGAGAUUUGUGUAAAAGGACCAAACGUGUUUAAAGGCUACCUCAAAGACUCAGAGAGAACAGCGGAGACACUGGAUGCCGAUGGCUGGCUCCACACGGGAGAUAUCGGGAAAUGGCUACCUAAUGGCACGCUGAAGAUCGUUGACAGGAAAAAGCACAUUUUCAAGCUGGCGCAGGGUGAGUACAUCUCCCCUGAGAAGAUCGAGAACAUCUACAUUAGGAGCGAACCUGUGGCACAGCUUUAUGUUCAUGGAGAUAGUCUGCAGUCCUGUUUGGUAGGAAUAAUUGUUCCUGACCCUGAAACCAUGCCUGGAUGGGCCAAGAAGAAAGGUAUCUUGGGCACCUACGAGGACCUAUGUAAAAACACUGAGUUAAAGAAGGGAAUCCUUGAAGAUUUGGUGCGUCUUGGAAAAGCCAGUGGCCUCCAUUCUUUCGAGCAGGUGAAGAACAUCUACAUUCACAAUGAGAUGUUCUCCAUUCAAAAUGGCCUGCUGACCCCGACGCUAAAGGCUAAAAGACCGGAGCUGAAGGAGUUUUUUAAGGCGAAGAUCGAUGAGCUCUACAACAGCAUCUCUAUGUGAAGGCUGGCGGACCUGAGUUUUCUUAAAGCAAUCAAACAACAACAACAACAGACGCUUUGUCCAGCGACCUGCAGUGGGACAAAGAUGUGUCACCUGACGCUUAACGUGCUUUCGGAAAGCAAAGCAAAACUGGCCCAACGGUAGAUGAUUAAAAAUGCCUAGAUAAAAACAAAUUAAAGAAAUCAAUAAAGCGAAAUACAAUGCACAUUGUCAUAUGUAUUUCCUUUUUAUGUACGCAUUCACUGUUUCAUAAUUAAUUGAAAACGUAUUUUAAAUCGACACUUAAAAUUUUUAGUCCAUAAAAAGGAACGUAUUUCUUUUUUCGUGUGACAUGAAAUUCCAUCACAAAACAAAAACAAUUUCAGGGGUAGCCAGCAGAGGGCAGCAUAGAGUUGCCCAUAAUGAAUGUAAAGACUGGUUACUAGGAUUUUAUAAGGGGGUGAAAGGAAACUUGUUCUUACUAGAAAUAAAGACGCAUCAUAAAUGCCAAAACUCUCCAAUUAUUUAGGGUGGAAUGACUCAACCGUUUUAGGGGUGUGGCAAUGUAUUGACUUUAUUAGUUAGCAUUAGCUGUAGGUAUACUGCUACUUACUGUGAAUUAAGUUCAAUUAAUCAACUGUCAGUUUAUUAGGGGACAGGUUAAAAAGCUGGGAGAGAACGUCUUGGCACAAUUCACCUGAUGUCCUGAUAGCUGAUUUCUGUAUGCUUACAGUAAACAAUGAUUUAAAGGAGGACAACAAGCUAAUGCUAGCAGAUUCCCACAUGGUAGGUAGAGCAAACUGUCUUAUUAGUACAUCACUAAUACAAAUAUCAACUGAUUAAAUUCAAAACUAAUGUGUCAGUCAGUUUGACUCACGACUAUUAAUUUUAAUGUCAGAUGGAAAAUCAUGUCACCGAAAAACUUUCCAUUAAGUUAUUUUAGAGUUUAGUUUUUAACAUUGGCUUCUAAUAAUGUCCACGAAACAGUGUGUAUUGUACGAUGCAUUUUUGUUUUCUUUGUUUUAAUUGAGGCAUUUAAAAUCAUCCAUACAUUGCAACCUGCUAUUGACCCAAAAACAAAUACGCCCACUCCCCAGCAUCAGAAACUCAGCGUCAUCAUUCCCACUUCCUCAGCUCUUCUUUCCUCUUUAAAUCUACCAGCCAAACAAAACCCAUCUGUUUUACAAGAGUAACACAGUCAUACGACAGCAAGUGUGAUGUUUUAGUGUAUAGUGUAGCUCCAGGAGAUGUCAAAAUGUACAUUAAUGCUGACACCUUGUAGAAUUGUAAUGGAUUUCAUCCCCAGUGGAAAAAGUUUGAUUUUAUUUGAAUAAAAAACAGCGCUAGUAAGGCGGCUGACACACCACCCCCAACAGAUACAAGAAUUAAAGUUGGGUAUAACCCAAACAUGGUGCAAUUAGAUGAAAUUACACCCUUCUGUUUGAAGGCAGAUUUACAAUAAUAAGGUUCAGAGAGAGCGCAGCUGCCUUUCAAAUCAUCGCUGUCCACACUGUCCCAUGUAAAGCAUCUCAGUGUCUGAGCCACACCCAAAUUACACUUUGUGUCAUGUAUCCGCGCACUCAUUCAUUAUGUCAGUUCAACAUGGCUGCAGUCAGAGGUUUAGCAUGCAUGCUCCUUGUUUAUGUAAGGGCCGGCGAUCUGUAACGGUCAUCGAGGUUCAGACUUCUUUUUCACUCAUCUUUGCACAAAGAGAAUGUCAGGUAAAAGAAAACAAAAUAUCUAAUGCAACACCAGGCCUCGGGGCAAUGCAUGCAAUUUGCCCUGUAAUGCUGGGACCAUUGGCAUUUAACGAGAAAAAAGACAAGCAUUUCUUUGUGGUCAUUAGGAGCCGGUUGUAUCAAGCUGCUGACAGCCACAGCCGCAGGUACAGGGCUGUUUCACUUAGAAGAGCCAAUGAUGAAUUCCGCUAGAACAAACAUCAACUUUUAAACAAACGAUACCAUGUUUUUUAAAAAGGUUUACACGUAGAAGUAAUGUAUUCGCUUUUUAAGUUGAUUACCGUCCCAAAGCAUAAACAAUGCGGAUGUACAUAAAUGAAGACAGCUAGAUGUAAGCAUAUUUAUUGAAUCAAUGGUUUGAAUGAAUUUUUUUUUCUCUCUUAUUGCGUGUAGUGAGAUGAACUGUACUUAUUUAUUUAUCUAUUCUGCUGUAAAAAUGGAAUAAGCACCAUAUCCUUGUAAUGAUCGAGUGCAGCAAUCGGGAUGAGGGAGGUUGGGGAUUAGGACAGGGGCAGUGAAAUAAAAAAUGUUCUGGAAUGAUUUUCAA